AUGUCGCACCUCGAAGUCCUCAAGAAGCCUGUCGUCUUCAACAACGGUCUCUCGGCUCCCAAUGCUACGCUCAAGAGCGCCAUGACAGAGCGUCUGUGCACUUGGUCCGACGACGACUUCAAGAAGCGUGGCUGGCCCACGCCCGAAUACAUCAACCUCUACAAGACCUGGGGUGAGGGAGAGAUCGGCACCAUCAUUCUUGGCAACAUCCCUUGCGAUGCUCGCUACCCGGAAGCCAAGAAGAACGCAUGCAUCGACCCUGAGAUCGCUUCGCACGACGAGUACGUCAAGGCCUACAAGCCCGUCAUCGAUGCUGCCGCUGCACACGGCUCGAUCGUCAUUGGUCAGGUCACCCACGCCGGUCGUCAAACCUCGGAUGAAGUUGCCCCCACCCCCGUCUCUUCGUCCGACGUACAGUGCCCUCCUGGCAUGGGCAUGACUUUCGGCAAGCCCCGCCCCUUGACCGUCGACGAGAUCCACGACAUUGCUCGCCGCUUCGGCUUCGCCGCCAAGGUCCUCUACGAAGCCAAGUGCAACGGCAUCGAGCUCCACGCCGCCCACGGCUACCUUCUGUCCCAGUUCCUUUCGCCCCGUGUCAACAAGCGUACCGACCAGUACGGUGGAGAUCUCGAAGGCCGUUCGCGCAUCGUAUUCGAGAUCAUCGAGAGCAUCCGCAAGGCCGUCCCCGAUCCCAAGUUCAUCAUCUCGAUCAAGAUCAACUCGGCCGACUUUGCAGAUGGUGGCUUCGACCCCGAAGAGUCGUUCACCAUGUCCAAGAAGCUCGAGGCUGCCGGCGUCGACCUCAUCGAGCUCUCUGGCGGUACCUACGAGAGCAGCGGAUUUGAGCACAAGAAGGAGUCCACCAUCGCCCGAGAGUCGUUCUUCAUCGAGUUUGCCGAGCGCAUCCGACCCAACCUCACAACUGCACGUCUCGCCGUCACUGGAGGUUUCCGCUCCGCUAAGGCCAUGGCCAAAGCCGUCGACGAAAAGUCGUGCGACAUUGUCGGUCUGGCCAGACCUCUUUGCGGUGAGCCCCACCUCGUCAAGAGCUUGCUCAGCGGCCAGCAAGACAAGGCGAGAGAUGUCCACCCGGAUCUGCCCCGACAGAUCGAGAUUGGCGCGUGCGUCGUACAACUCAACCAGAUUGGUCACGGUGCCACUCCUUGUGACACCUCGACUGCGGAGGGUGCCAAGUUUGCCACCGACGCCGUCAUGCAGCGCAAAGAACCCGAACACGGUGGCGAGAAGGACCAGAAACAGUAA